AUGCCCAGAUUGGAGCACGAUCUCCAGGGUCCGUCAGAUCAUGUCCUGAUCUGCACAGAUCUUGAUGUCGGUCCUGAACUGCCUGGAUCUGGGCGUCAGACAAUUAAACCUGGAAGCGAGGCUGAGAAGUCUUUCAUUUUGGACAUCCUCUGGGAUCUUGCGGCUAUUCCUGUCGCAGCCCUGGCAACCAAGGAAGGCAUUGAAGCUUUAGCUGAUGCUAUCGUGACAGCAUUCUUGGACACAUGGCUUGCCCACUUGACCGAGUCCAAACCUACCAAGCGCUCCAAGUCCUGGUGGAUGGAUGAGUGCUUGGAAACAUUCAGAGUAUAUCAGUUGGGCCAUUCACUAGCUGAUUACAACAAGUUCAGGAAGGCAUGUAAGGAUGCCAAGCAUGACUUCUUUGAUGAACACAUUGCAGAAAUUGCUACUUCUCGCAAGCGCCCGUGGGACCUGAUGGAGUGGGUCAAACAGUGCAAGCUACCACCCUGUGAGGCUAUUUGCAAUGGCGACCAGCCUUGUCAUGAUAUGGACGACCUCUGGGAUGUCCUUCACGGCACAUACAAUUCAGCUUCUGGUCAGGAGUACUUGUGA